CCGACCGGACCGACACUAUGGCGUCGCUACGCCGCUGGGAGGAUGCUGCUGCCGGCCGAGUCUAUCUCGCUGAACGGCUGUGAAGGCGCACGCAAAGCGGACGGGAAAGCAGCGCAGCUGGGCCGCACGCCGUCGGCAUGGCCAGGCUGGCCGACUACUUCGUAGUGGUCGGGUACGAGCACGACAAGCAGGGAGGUGGUGAUGGCCAAGGCCGCAUUCUCCAAAGGUUUCCUGAGAAAGACUGGGAGGACAACCCCUUUCCCCAGGGAGUCGAGCUGUUCUGCCAGCCCAGCGGAUGGCGCCUGGUCCCUGAGAGGCUGGAGCCCUCCUUCUUUGCAGCUGUGCUGACGGACAUCAACUCCGAUCGCCAGUACUGUUCCUGCUUCACAUUCUGGGAGGAGGCUGAUGGCAAGCAGGCCCAGAAGAGCCUCCUCAGUGAGGGAGAUGACGAUGACGACGGUAACAUGCGGUCCGGACGGCUUUUCGCUCCCAAGAGCUUGGUUCUGGUGUCGCGACUCGACCACGCGGAUGUCUUCAGGAACUGCCUGGGGCUGAUCUACACGGUGCAGACGGACGGCGUCAGUGUCGCCCUGGAGACGCUGAUUGGAAACCUGCUGACGUGCUACAUUCCUCUGGCGGGCGGGUCCCAGCUUGACCCGCAGACGGAGGAGGAACACGUGAGGACCAUAACCCUCGGCGCAGGUGACCGGCAGGUGAUCCAGACCCCAAUAAGCGCUUCCCUCCCCAUCAGUGGCUGCAGCGUGGCCCUGCUCUUCAGGCAGCUGGGAAUUAUCAACGUUCUGUAUCUGUUCUGUGCCGCUCUGACGGAACACAAGAUCCUGUUCCUGUCCAGGAGCUACCACCGGCUCACAGAUGCCUGCCGGGGUCUCCUGGCCAUCAUGUUCCCACUGAAGUACUGCUUCACAUACAUUCCCAUCCUGCCCGGGAAGCUUCUAGAAGUUCUCAGUACUCCCACACCCUUCAUCAUUGGGGUCAACUCUUUCUUCCGCUCUGAGACCCAGGAGCUGCUGGAUGUUAUCAUCGCCGACCUGGACGGCGGCACGGUGACCAUCCCGGAGUGUGUCCACGUUUCACAGCUUCCCGACCCCCUCCUGCACCAGACUCAGGCUGCACUCUCCAUGGUGCUGGAUCCCGAGCUGGAGGUGGCGGACCACGCGUUCCCUCCAGCCUCCUUGCAGCCCUCCACCCUAAAGAUCCAGGAUAAAGAGAUCCGGGCAGUCUUCCUGUGGCUCUUCACUCAGCUCCUCCACGGGUACCGCUGGUGCCUGCACAUCAUCCGGAUCAACCCAGAACCCAUCAUUCGCUUCCACAAGGCCGCCUUCCUGGGCAAGCGCUCCCUCGCGGAGGAUGACUUCCUGAUGAAGGUUCUGGAUGGCAUGGCCUUUGCCGGCUUUGUGUCCGAGAGGGGGCCUCCUUACCGGCCCAUCGAUAUUUUUGAUGAGCUGCUCGGUAACCAAGCAGAGCGCUUCUGUCUGGAGGAAGGCAGUCCUCGCCAACUGACGGGCUACAUCAGGGAGCUGACCGAGAAGCUCUUCAAAAACGAGAACCCGUACCCGGCUGUGGCCAUGCGCAGGAGCCAGCGGCAGAGCGAAGGCACUCCGGUGCCCCCCCAGUCCCAGCCCUCCGCCUUCCCACACCUGGACGAGGUCACAGUGCAGCUCUUCAUGGACCACGCCACCGCCAAGCUGAAGGCCGCCCCGCCCAUCGUGAAGGCCGAGAUGAAGUGCAUGGUGCCCUCCGGGCCUCCUCUAGGUGAUACCACAGAGAAGAACGGGAGCGUGCUUGCUAACAGUGCCAGAAGGCUAGAGGUGGUGAGGAACUGCAUCGCCUACGUUUUUGAAAACAAGAUGCUGGAGGCCAAGAAGCUGAUGCCGGCCGUUAUGAGAGCCCUAAAAAGCCGAGCAGCCCGGCUUUGCAUGACCCAAGAGCUGAACCAGCACGUGCUGCAGAACCGGGCCGUGCUGGAUGACCAGCAGUUCGACUAUGUGGUCCGCAUGAUGAACUGUACUCUGCAGGAUUGCUCCCACAUGGACGAGCACGAAAUAGCAGCUGCCCUCCUCCCGCUGGUCACAGCCUUCUGCAGGAAACUGGGAUCAGGCAUCACGCAGUUUGCCUACUGCUGUGUCCAGGAGCAUGCAGUGUGGGCCAACAUGCAGUUCUGGGAGGCCAUGUUCUACAGCGACGUCCAGAACCACAUCCGCACCCUCUACCUUGACUUCAAGGAGAAUGAGCUGCAUGGUCCGGAGCCGAGCGGGGAUUCUGAAGAGGAGCUCGGUGCCCUGGAAAUCGCCUCGGAGCAGCGGAGGCUCUGGCCCACGUUCAGCAAGGAGAAGCAGCAGGAGCUGGUGCAGAAGGAAGAGAGCACCGUGUUCAGCCAGGCCAUCCACUACGCCAACCGCAUGAGCUACCUUCUGCUGCCCCUGGACACCAGCAAGAACCGUCUGCUACGUGGCUCUGGGCUGGGAGAUGCCGAGAGUGUCACCAACAGCUAUGUCACCAACAGCAUUGCUGGCAGCAUGGGCGAGAGCUACGACACGGAGAGCGGCUUCGAGGACGCAGAGGGCUCGGACGUGGCCAACGUGGUCGUGCGCUUUAUCACUCGCUUCGUGGACAAGGUGUGCACCGAGAGCGGGGUCACCAGUGAGCAUCUGAAAUCUCUGCACAUCAUGAUCCCGGACAUUGUUCAGAUGCAUAUAGAGACCCUGGACGCAGUCAACAGGGAGAGUAAAAGGCUUCCCCCAAUUCAGAAGCCCAAGCUGCUGAGCCCCACUCUGCUGACAGGCGAGGAGCUGGUGAUGGAGGCCAUGAGGGUGUACCUCCUGCCUGAUGGGCGGGAGGAGACUACCAGCACCAUGGGGGGACCGCCCCUACUGCCGGCCGAAGGGGCCAUCUUCCUUACCAGCUACCGGCUCAUUUUCACGGGCACCCCGGUGGACCCCUUGGUGGGGGAGCAGGUGGUGACCCGUACCUUCCCCGUCGCCUCCCUCACCAAGGAGAAGAAGAUCGCCGUCAGCAUCCCGAUAGAUCAGUUAGUUCAAGAAGGUCUGCAGCUGCGCUCCUGCACCUUUCAGCUCAUGAAGAUUGCCUUCGACGAGGAGGUGGCCUCGGACCUGGCGGAAGUCUUCCGGAAGCAUUUGCACAAGCUCCGCUACCCACAGAACGUCCGCGGCACCUUCGCCUUCACCGUGGGCCAGGCUGGCGGAAUGGUGGUGGAGCAGAAGAGCAAGGAGAAGAACCAGACAUUUAACUCUUGGCAGACAAGCGAGUUUCUACAGGGCUUCAAGCUGGGUCACACCUUGGGCCGCGUGGGCCACUCGACUGCAGCUCUGUCCAAGAACCUGAUGAAGACUGCCAAGAAGACCAUCGGGCGCCAGUAUGUGACUCGGAAGAAGUUCACACCACCCACAUGGGAACAACGCAGCAGUUUCCAGUCCCAGUUGGAGGAAGACGAGAUCUCAGUCUCUGAGGAGCUGGAUCAGAACUCCCACACCCUUUCCUCCACCAUCAAGCCAGUGGACAGGCAGACCAUGAGCAACGUGGUUGAGCGGGCCUGUUGCCGUGACUACCAGCGGCUGGGUCUGGGCACGCUCAGCAGCAGCCUGACCCGCUCCAAGAAUGAACCCUUCCGCAUCUCCACGGUGAACCGCAUGUACGCCGUGUGCCGGAGCUAUCCGGGGCUGCUGAUCGUGCCCCAGGGCAUCGCGGACUCCACCAUCCAGCGGAUCUCACGCUGCUACAAACAGAACCGCUUCCCUGUGGUCUGCUGGAGGAACUCCCGCUCCAAGGCUGUGCUCCUACGCUCAUCCGGCCUCCACGCUAAAGGGGUGGCCGACUUCUUCAAGACCCCCAACGCGCCGAGUGCCGCAGGCCCCUCGCAGACGGAUUCCAUCAGCCUGGAACAGGAGAAGUACCUGCAGGCCAUAGUCUCGUCCAUGCCCUCGUAUUCGGAGAGCGGCGGCAGGAACACGCUGAGCAGCUUCACCCCAGCCGCCGCCAGCAGCUCCGACGGCUCCGACAAGCUGAGACAGCCUAAAAUUGGGGCCCUGAUGAAGCAGGUGAUGGGAAGCAAGGAGGACGUGCCCAGUGGCUUCGGCAAGGGAGGUAAAAGAGCAAAGAUCAUCUCUCACUAUCAUCCUAGAGCUUCGGAGAUCACCCAGAACUCCCGAGGGAAAUGGGGCAGCAUCCGGGGCACGGGGCAGAUUGCCCAGCUGGCAGGGAGCGACCCCCCCCAGGCCAAUGGCAGCCCUGGUGCCUCCCACUUUCUGCACCCCCAGAGGUCCUACCUCUACAUCAUUGGAGACAAAUCGCAGCUGAAGGGCUCCAAGCAGGACCAGUUUCAGCAGUGGGAGGUGGUUCCCAUCGAGGUAUUUGACGUGCGACAGGUGAAGACCAGCUUCAAGAAGCUGAUGAAGGCCUGUGUGCCCAACAGCAUGUCCUUGGACCCCAGUACGGCCUUCUACCGGUGCCUUGAGGAGUCUGAGUGGAUGUGCUUGCUUCACAAGAUCCUGCAGGUAUCCGUGCUGGUGGUGGAGCUGCUGGACACGGGCUCUUCCGUCAUGGUGAGCCUGGAGGAUGGCUGGGAUAUCACCACACAGGUGGUGUCGCUGGUCCAGCUCCUGUCGGACCCAUACUACCGCACCUUCGACGGCUUCAGGUUGCUGGUGGAGAAGGAGUGGCUGUCAUUUGGCCACCGCUUCAGUCAGCGCGGGGCACAGACGCUGGCUGGCCAGAGUGCCGGCUUCACGCCCGUCUUCCUGCAGUUCCUGGACUGCGUCCACCAGAUCCAUCUUCAGUUUCCCAUGGAGUUCGAGUUCAGUCAGUACUACCUGAAGUUCCUGGCCUAUCACUACGUUUCCAACCGCUUCAGGACCUUUCUGCUAGACUCAGACUAUGAGAGAAUAGAGCUGGGCGUGAUGUAUGAAGAAAAGGGUGAAAAGAGAGGACCUCAAACUUUCAAAUCAGUCUGGGAUUAUAUUGAGCGACUCAAUAAGAAGACCCCCGUCUUCUUCAACUACAUGUUUGCCCCUGAGGAUGGAGAGGUGCUAAAGCCGUACAGCUGCAUCUCCAACCUGAAGCUGUGGGACUUCUACACGGAGGAGACUCUGUCGGAGGGCCCUUCUUAUGACUGGGAGCUCGUGCAGAGCCGGCCGGAGGAGCAGCAGGACGCCGAGCGGCCCGAGAAGGCAGUGUGUGUGUCCCAGCGCCGGGUGGUGUGGCCCUGCUAUGACUGCCACAGCAGGGUGCUGCCAGACGCUAUCACCACACUCUUACAGGAGCUGCAGUCCCUGGAGAUGGAGCUGGGAAAGGUCCCAGAGAAGUGGAAGGACACCUGGGACAAGAUCAAGUUCACACAGCGUGCAGAGAGCAGGCUGGAGAGCAGGACCUCCUCUAGAUCACUGCUCAUGUCCUCCAACCUCAGCCACCAGCGGCGGGCCCAGGGGGCGUGUCUUCAUGACAGCAUGAUGGGCUCCAGCAUCAACCUGGCUCUGGAAGCAGAAGGUGGCAUUGGCUCCACCUCCGUGGGAAGCCUUGGCAGCCGGCCCAGCACCAGCACACUGUACAGCCAGUUCCAGAGCACAGAAAGUGAGAACAGGUCGUUUGAGGGCAUCCUGUACAAGAAGGGGGCUCUGCUGAAGCCAUGGAGACCACGCUGGUUUGUGCUUGACAAAACAAAGCACCAGCUGCGGUACUACGAUAAUCGGCAGGACAGGGAGUGCAAGGGUGUCAUAGACCUGGCGGAUGUGGAGUCCAUGGUGCCAGGGACGCCAGCCAUGGGGGCCCCCAAAAACAUUGAUGAGAAAGCCUUCUUUGAUCUAAAGACCACCAAAAGGGUGUACUACUUCUGUGCCCAGGACAGCCUGAAUGCACAGCUGUGGAUGGACAAUGUGCAGAGCUGUCUGUCGGACGCAUGAUGGGUGCUGACUGCAGAGGAGGACCCAGAAUGCAGAAUGUCUGCACAAAGGAGGACGUGAUGCUGACAGACAUGUCUGCCGGUUAAUCACAGGCCCCCAGAGCAGUAGAGAAGGAAGGGGCCUUCCUGUGUGACAGUGUUCAGUAUUGCCGGCAUUAAGCUGUCAAUGCAUAAUCGCCUCAGUUUUUAUUUUUAUUUAUAAAAAUCGCUCUAAGGUUACGCUUGUUACGAACAUGACUGCCGGAAGCCCCUUCAGAUGGCCGCUGUUUGCACUGGAAAUUUACCGUCCAAUCUGUGGGACUGAAGUGAGGUUCUGCCUGGACCUGGACUGCCUGUCCUGCGAGAGAGCCCUCUGUGGGGUUCCGUUUGGCUCGGAUCUGCUCAGCUGUCACCAAGGCUCCUCAGAGUCAGGGGGAGUGGUCAGGGGUGGUUCUGAGGGCUGAAGCUCGGCCCUUAUUCCUCCCUGCAGGGGAGCUGCCCGUCACCCAGACCAUGCUUUGGUCCUGCAGGCACACGGGCUGGACUCUGCAGGGCGGCGAGGUUCUGUAGAUGGCUGAGGAAGCAUUUAAAGCAAACGCUGAUUCGCAGCUUCGAAUGUUUAUGGGGUGUACAUACCACAUGCUCAGUUCUUCAGUGUACAUUUGUUUACAAAGCUGUUGUAAGUUAAAUAAUUUUGUUGGUGAUGAGGGGGGACUCAUGAAAAUGUAAGGAGAAUGAGAGAUGCUUUAAUUUUUACACACUUUACAGCUUAUUCAAACAUGGGGGAAGCUGUCGCCCAGUGUAUGGUGAAAGCCAGUUGCGAGAGUGACUGAGCUCCACCUCCUCAUCACAUGAUACAGCAUCCCUAAUGCAGUGACUUAUCCAGCCCCAUGCAGAGGCCUGCUAUUACUAUGAGGUGCGUGUAAGUAUGCUGUCAGACGCUGCAUCAGGUCAUGGAGAGCUGUUACGUAUACAUGGACAGUGUUAGUGCACACUCCCCUUCGCAGGAUAGCAGCUAGUGUAAGCAUCAUGGACACGGUCAGGGGAGGGUGGCAGUCUGUACAGAUUCAUCCAGAAGCUUCUCACCCAGCAGUAGUUACAUGUCAGGAGAGCAGAAUCCGGCGCCACAUUCUGGGUCUCUGCUUUACAUUUUGUCUCAAGACACUUUCAGCAAUUUUUGUGUUCUAUGUCAUGUUUUCAGUAGCAUUUUCCAUGGCCGAUGGCGUCAGACUUCGGUAAAACAGUUUGUCUUUACUAAAUAUGUUGUUGCACUGUGGCCCACGCAUGGUGUGAACGUCGCAUACCUCCUGGGCUCUGUGUCUGGCCUCUUCCAUGCAGUGACUUUGGUUGUGUAGCUGGGACAGAAAUGUAGACAUAUAAAACGGCACCAGGGUGACGGGGAGGAGCCUCAAGCAGGAGAGAGGAUACCCUCAUGCUGUUGUCUGGCCUCCCUGCUGGAACCAAGCAAAGGGACAGACUGCUGCCACGAGGUUACAAACUCUGCAUAUAAACUGUACAUCUCCAUUAAACCCCCUUCAUAGGGUAGAUUUAAUACAAAAUUUUCUUGUAUAUAAUAUUCAGAUUUUUAUGUAACAAAUGGUGGUAAUUUAUUUAACUUUUGUGUAAGAAGGUUUACACAAUGGUGUUGAAGGUAUUGGAAAUAUUGACCACUGUCUUUACCUCUGUUAACAUGCCUACGAGAGCAAUAUUACCCCGUUUAAAAACAUGGUGUUUCCGACUGAAUCUGGCGGUUUGUGUGUCCUGGUUUUGUGGGGUGGGGGUGGGGGGGGGGGGACGACACAGUCGGGCCUACCCAUUUCCCACAAUGCCGUUUAUCUUACUGUCCACAUAAUAGCUGUCUGUACUUUAGGGUGGUCCUUAAAAAUGAAAAUUUGAAAAUGCUAUUUCUCAAACCUGAAAUUUCUCAAACCUGAAAACAUCAGGAAUUUUUGGUGAUUUUUCAAGCAUGUUUAGAGGUUAAAGCUAAAGCCCAGUUUAGUCAUCCACUGCCGGUAAUACUAGUCAGUCUUUUGGGUCAUUCAUUUGAUUAUUUUUCUGUACUCAUUUUGUUUUCUCCUUUGCUGCAACUGUCUUAACAUUUGGUUCAUCCAUUUUCUGUAAGCACUUAUCCUAUUCAGGGUCGUGACGUGUCUGAUGCCUAUCCCAGAAGCUACAGGUGCAAAGCGGGGAACAACCCAGGAUAGAGCGCCAACUCAUCGCAGGGCACACGCAUGCCGUCACACGUCUGGGCCCAGGGGCGUGAGGCGACACUGCUAACCAGUCAGCCCACGUUUGCUUCUUUUAAAGUAAAAAGUAGGCCAUGGAAAACAGUCAUUUAAAAAUUCAGGUAGCAACCAUGCAAUAAGAACUUUUUAAAAUAACGUUCGUUUGUUUCAUAUAUUUCAGAUUUUUGCACGUUGUUUCAUUUGGUCAGAUUUUAUGAUUCUGAUUUUUUUUUUAAAUUGACAGUGUGACAGGGAGAGAGCACUCUUGAUGCUAAACUGCAAAAAAAAAAAAAAGAUGUUUAGCACAUUUUUGCUAACGAAUGACCCGAGAGAUUGAGGAUUACCGACAGUGGAUGACUAAAAUAGGCUUUAACCAGCUUGAAUAUUUGCCCAUAGUGUCAAUUUAUUGAUCACUGGUUACAAACUCCACUUUGUUUGGUUCUUUGUGGUUUUUUUUACACAGCUGUUGCUGUAGUCAUUUUGUUUCAGAAAAGUUUGCCUGAAAUUUUGUAUAUUUCAUUUACAGUUACACACUUGGAUCUUGUUGAGCAACCUCUAAACAUCAAUCAAACAGAAAAUGUUGCAGGAAUACUUUCUCACAGUGCAUCACAAAAUAAAAGGCUGAAUACAUAAAACAGUGUGAAUUUACAAUCUGACCUCACAGCUGCCCUCGUAGGACCACCCUACUAUACAUGAACCUUUCUUUAGGUUACUCUCCAGGCUUUUCAGAACCAUAAUAUGUUAUGUACAUUUUUUUAGGAUUAAAAAAGACAAAAGUAGAUGAA